AUGUCACGGACGAUUGGCGGCAGCGGAUCUGGAGAGCUCUACCCAGCCUCUUCUCCAGCACCGGAGACCAAAUACCAAAGGUUCAAGGACCGCUACCAUGUGCUGACGGACCGAGUCGAGCCAGGUUUAGAGCUAGACCGUCUUUUUGCCCUGUUGGAGCACUGUCCAAAUGCUACCCUGCGCGAAGCUGCAGCGGACCAACUUGGCCAGUUGGCACGCAAGGCCCCAACGGAAGUGGACGCCACACUCACUCGUGUAGGUUACCCCGACUGCUCCUGCAUGUUUAUGACCCCCCCUCCUAAUGUGCGUCCUGCCAACACUAACCCUCGCUCCCGUUUCCUCACAGUUGCACGGUCUCCUACGAAGUCGAAGCUG